AUGGCGUUGAUGAUAACAUCAAAGGAACACAAGACCAAACUUACCACGAGCAAGGCGCUUAAAGCACUGUCUCUGCGGGCAAAUUCACGCAACAAAACCUGCGAAUUCUUCUCUGAUUUGAACUGCUCUCCGUGCGAUCGACAAGUAAACUCAAUGAUGGAGCAUCUCAUCUCAUUUGUGCGCGAAAUUAUCCAUGACCGUCGCGUCAUCCUCGAAACUCGACUCCAAUACCAAAUUGAUGCAUUACGGUACUCACGCCCAUGGUUAAAGACUCCGAAAACCCAUCACAAUGAAAACAACUCUUUCAGCUCCCUAUACGGCAAGCCGUUCAAGUUCGACCUCGAAGACUCACCGAAGAAUUAUGCUACGGAAUACGCGCGCAUGGUCCACGGCCAGUUAGAAGAUGGUACUACCGGUGCAUGCCUAGCGAUGACCUAUGACCUUGCCCAAGCCAUCGUGAAACUCUUCCUCUAUAGUAAGGAGCUCAGUAUCAAAGACGAGCAAGAAGCAUUGUGCAAGGCCGAGAAGAAAGACCUUGAAGCUGCAAUAACUCGCAUCAUCAUGCGGAAGCGAGUCCUGGAGAAGAAAAAGAUUCCCACCGAUCGAGCGACGCAGGGUCUUGAUAGAGCUAAGCUCGCGAAUCUGGAGUAUGAGUUUGAGGCAUUGAGACUUCGAGAGCGAAGUGUGGUAUGUGACUUGGAGCAGGUUAGAGAUGCGCGAGGCGAAUUGCAGCUUGUGAAGGCUGCAUUGCAGGAGAAAGUGAAUGAUGUGCUUGAGAAAGUGUUUAUAGACUGUGGGUUGAUUGAUUAUGAGGCAUGGAUGGUAUCGGCAAGGAUCAGAUCUGCCAGUACCUUACCACCGCGAAACAAAGCAGGAGAGGCUGGAGAAAGGAGCGUGAGGAUAGACGACGAAGAGAAGGAACUAAGAAGCUCGGCCACUCACCAGUCGAGCUCGACCAUUAGUCCUACCAAAGAACGACAUAACUCGAAUUCUUUUGCGGCUGAACCAGCUCAGGACGAUAUUAUUGCCAGAUACCAGGGAGCUUGGGUAGCCCAUCACAGUGCCGACCUCAACCUCGAGAAGCACAGAGAGCAAUACGAAGAAAAGAAAUACAGCCACUUCAAGGAGCGAAACAAGUCUAAAGAGGCCGAGUGCGAAUUCGACCACAAACAUCUCCAAACAGGUGCAGAACUCACCCGAAAAGUCAUCAAGGCGGAGGAAGAGCUCCAAAAAGCUCACGUCGAAGCUAUUAGGGCAGGGGUGGCGUACUCGGACUUGGACUCACUAGUGUUUACGGGUCGUAUGCAAAAGGGAUACGAUGAUUGGAACUCCCAAUGUAGCGUCGACUACUACAUGGGGCCGACAGCAUACCAGAUUACAUAUGCCAAGUCUUUGGUAGAAGACUCCAUUAUGCAAUGGAUGGUGUCCCAGGGCGAAGCUGUGCCGACGAAGUCCAGGAGAACCGGUCGAUUCAAACUACCGCGAGAGCUUCCGUGGUGGGACAGUUACAGCAUCCAUGAAAUGUAUCCUAAAUAUGCAAAGACUAACGAGGUAUGGACGAAAAUGAUGAAUGAAUUGAGGUCGGAUAUGGCGCUGGAGAGGAAGCGGGUUGGGACUUGGUCGUCGUUGAUACGAAGAUACCAGGGCAGGUUGAUUGAAUGGGGGAAGUAUAGAUUGGGCAGGUUGAGCCGAAAGGAAACGGUGUAUAAUCAUGCGGUGAUUGGAGCCUUUGUGGGGGUAUUACCGUCAAUAUGUACACCGUACGGAAAAUGUUGGAAUUGA